GAUGACAUUCGAGUAGAACAUCACCCUCAUAGUGAACGCCCACCUCAAAUGUUUCCCUUCGACAAGUUCCAGCAAUACCCUGCCCCUGACCCCGAGCAUGUUCCUUCGCAGAAGCCCUGGAGUCCGUACUUUGAUUUGAGGCUUGAAUUUGAGAUUGUGGAGCUCGCAUUGGAGACGGGGAUGACUGUUGAGCAGACAGAUCAUUUCCUUGAGCUGAUCCAUCGGGCCUGCCAGGAGCAAGACGUCAUCACAAGUGUGAAGCAUGAGGACAUCAGGCUCAAGUGGGAGGCGGCUUGUGUGAGAGCAACUCCGUUCAAGAAGGAGGAAGUCAAAGCAUUGUAUGAAGGGGUAACAGGAGAGUAUGAUGUUCAUUACCACAACAUUUGGGAGUGGACCAAGGAACUUCUGCGUGACCCACGCAUGUUUCCUCAGUUCACCCUUGAUGCGCAGCGGCUCUCGAAAUACAACGGUGAUAGAUUUGUUCGCUUCUUUGACAAGCCGUACACGGCAGACAAGUUUUGGGAAUUUCAAGUA